AGGAGGCAGCAGGCAGCAGCAGAGGUGCUCGCCUUUCAGCGGCUCAUUGGCCGGGACACGGAGAAGCACUUCAGGUGAGCGGCACUCUCCUUUCCUCCCUUCAGCUGAAUCCGCUCCUGCGCCCGUCUCUUCCUCGGCCUGCUCAGUGUUGCUCUUGCCAAAGAUCUGAUCUGCUUUUAUUCCUGGUUGAGCAUCGAGCACAGGACUUAGAAUGAUUUGAAUCGGCUUCGGUUUGGUGCCGUUCCCGAGAAUCUUCCUCACGCCCUCCGAGCCUGAGCUUAUAGACAGAGAAUGGGAGGCAAUGCACUGGAGAUAGCAGCGAUGUGUCUGACCUUGGUGGGCCUGAUCGGAGCUGCAGCCAGCACGGGCAUGCCCAUGUGGCGGGUCACAGCCUUCAUCCAGGAGAACAUCAUCGUCAUGGAGACGCGCUGGGAAGGGCUGUGGAUGAACUGCUUUCGCCAGGCGAACAUCCGCAUGCAGUGCAAGGUGUACGACUCACUGCUCUACCUGCCGCCGGAGCUGCAGGCCUCCCGCGGCCUCAUGUGCUGCUCUGUCGCUCUUGCCUUCAUUGGCCUCAUCAUCUCCAUCGCCGGGAUGAAGUGCACCGUCUGCAUCCAGGGCAACGAUAACACCAAGCACAAGGUGCUCGUCGUGGCCGGCUUUAUAAUCAUCCUGGCCUGCAUCUGUUGCCUGAUCCCGGUCUCCUGGACGGCUCACGUCAUCAUCCAGGACUUCUACAACCCCCUGCUGCUCGACGCCCAGCGGCGGGAGCUGGGUGAGGCGCUCUACAUCGGCUGGGUGGCGGGGGGGCUGCUCUUCGUGGGCGGCUGCAUGUUUACUUGCUGCAGCGGCUCCGCAGACAAGGGCGUGGAGCGGAGCUACGUGGCCUACCCCCAGAGCGUGCCCUACGUAGCAUACCAGUCGCAUCCCAUGGCCUUCCAGCCCAGGCCAGUAGCAGCCUACAGCUACCCAUCCAGAGACCCUUCGUUCAUUCAGCCAUCCAGAAGAACUUCAUUCAUCCAGCCAUCCAGACAGCAGUCUAUCCGCAGUGCCGUCGCGUACCUGUGAAGACUUCUUGGGAAAGGCUCCAAAAAAGGACCUGAAAUGAGACACUUGGGGAACUUCAGCGAUGUUUAUAUCUUUUGUAUAUGCAUAUAUAUGUGUGUGUGGUAGAGAAAAAGGACUUCAGUUUACCUUAAGUGGCUGCAUUACGUGCAUAUAGACACCAUCUGCUAUGUGGAAAAUGCCAUUUACCUUUUGUCCAGACAUUUCUCCAUUUUAUUUAAGAUGAAUGAUAAGUUGGUCCAAGAUCUUAAUAACUGACCUACAUUGAAAUUCUUGGACACGUUGCUAAGAAGCACGCAAGAUUAAAAAUAACAGGAUUUCUGUGAAGGGCAUAAUAGGUGGUUAUUUUUCUGUGUAAUCUUUAAGGAAUAUAUCGAUCAUAUAA